AUGGCCACCAAACCCUUGUCGUUGUAUCUAAUCCUUGGUGCAGGUGUAGCUGGUGUAAGCAUUCUCGGUCCCGCCGGCUUUGCGGAUCUUCUCCGCGAUAUUACUCGGGUGGUAUCGAAGCAUCUGAAGUCGAUAGACGAUGGAUCCGAGAGCAAGAGAGACCACACAGAUGACGUCAACAUGGCUCUGAUCGACCAGGUUCACAAGCUGAGCCUGCAGGUGCAGCAGCUAUCCACCAGCUCUCGACCAAUCACAGUUGUCAACGCGCCACCCGCACAAGACCGAGGGAGCAUUGUGGGGUAUGUGGUACCGAUGGCAGUCAUUGGUGCGGCCGGCUAUGGGAUCAUGUGGUGGAAGGGCUGGCGAGUGAGCGACCUCAUGUACGUGACCAGGAGGAAGAUGGACCAGGCAGUGAAGCUGAUGGGGGAGAAGAUGACGGAGAUGCAAACAGCCCUCGACACGGCCAAGAAGCAACUGGCGGGGCGGCUGGAGGGAGUGUCCAAGUCAGUGGCCGAGACGCUGAAGAUGCAGGCCGUGAUAAAGAAAGAUGUUAUCGAAGUGAAGGGGGUGGUUACCUCUGUGAGUCGGGACCUGGACAACAUGCAUGGGCUCGUGGAGGGCAUGGAUACCAAGCUCGCCUCGCUCGAGCAGAAGCAGGACAUUGCCACUCGGGGCGUGCUGCUGCUGUGCAGCUUCGUGAGCAGAGGGCUGCAGGGCAACCCCGGCAACCAGGAGUUACUGAAGGGCCUGGCGGACAUGUCUCAAAUGGCCGUGCCUCAGCUUGCCGCAGGGAAGGGAGGAGCGGCAGGCGGGGCAGUGGGGCUAUCAGGGCUCAAGGAGCUCGAGUUCAUCUCGUCUGCCCUCGAGUCCUCCGUGCACCAUACAGGAAACCCACCACUUGAUCCUGCCUACACCCACCAACCCACUCGCCAAGCCUCCUAUCAAGCCUCAUACCAAGCCCCGGCAGCAGGAGUCGUGAUUGAGGAGGUGGGGGAUGGAAGGGAGGGGUAUGGGCGGCCGCUUUCAGCGAAUGAGGUGUCGCCACCUCGUGCUCGUGAAGGAGGACCUGGGGGUUAUCCACCAAGGAAGCUGAGGCAUGCUCGAUUUGGGGACUGA